GGCCCCACCUCCCUCUGCUGCUCUCCUAGACAGGAACCCACCCCUUGGUCAGCACACCCCAACUCCAGGACCCCCCAACCCAGCCUUCAGGGACCUGCUGUGGGUGGUGACCGCUCCCAAGUGACGGAAGGAGCCUGAUGAUGGGGAAGCCAGACAGCCCGGUGGGCAUGGUGGACAGAGCCGACCCGGCAGGGCAGAAGCGCCAAGGCUUCCUGGAGAGAGGGCUGCUGCUCCUGCUUCUGCUGGUGACGGGCGCCCUGGUGGCCCUGGGCAUCCUCUACAGCCGAACUGCCAGGAUCCUCCAAAACAUGGACCCAUCCACAGAGCCAUGUAACAACUUCUACCAGUACGCGUGUGGGGGCUGGUUGCGGCGUCAUGUCAUCCCUGAGACCAGCUCCCGCUACAGCGUUUUCGACAUCCUCCGGGAUGAGAUGGAGGUCAUCCUCAAAGGGGUGCUGGAGAAUUCCACCGCCAAGUCCCGGCCAGCCAUGGAGAAGGCUAAGCUGCUGUACCGCUCCUGCAUGAACCAAAGUGUGAUAGAGAAGCGGGACUCUCAGCCUCUGCUGGACAUCUUGGCAGUGGUGGGAGGCUGGCCAGUGGCCAUGGACAAGUGGAACGAAACCAUAGGCCCCACAUGGGAGCUGGAGCGGCAGCUGGCGGUGAUGAAACAGUUCAACCGGCGGGUGCUCAUCGACCUCUUCGUGUGGAAUGACGACCUGAACUCCAGCCGCCACAUCAUCUACAUAGACCAGCCCAUGCUGGGCAUGCCAUCCCGGGAGUACUACAUCAAGGAAAGCAGCAACCAGAAGGUGCAGGAUGCCUACCUGCAGUUCAUGACAUCAGUGGCCACCAUGCUGCGGAGGGACAACAAGCUGCCUGGGGACAGCCCCCUGGUGCAGCAGGACAUGGCACAGGUGCUGGAGCUGGAGACUCACCUGGCCAAUGCUACCACACCCUCUGAGGAGAGGCACGACGUCACCGAAUUGUACCACAGGAUGAACCUGCAGCAGCUUCAGGACAGGUUCAGCCUAAAGGGUUUUAACUGGACUCUCUUUAUACAAACUGUGCUGUCCUCCGUCAAAAUUGAGCUGCUGCCCAAUGAGGAAGUAGUGGUCUACGGCAUCCCUUACCUGCAGAACCUUGAGAGCAUCAUCGACCUCUACUCGGCCAGGACCCUGCAGAACUAUCUUGUUUGGCGCCUGGUGCUGGAUCGCAUCAGCAGCCUGAGCCAGCGGUUCAAGGACACUCGGGUGAACUACAGCAAGGUGUUGUACGGCACCAUGGUGGAGGAGGUGCGCUGGCGGGAAUGUGUCAGCUACGUCAACAGCAACAUGGAGAGCGCCGUGGGCUCCCUGUACGUCAAGGAGGCCUUCCCCGGGAACAGCAAGGACAUGGUCCGAGAGCUCAUCAACAAGGUGCGGGCUGUGUUCGUGGAGUCCCUGGACAAGCUAGGCUGGAUGGACAAGGAGUCCAAGAAGAAGGCCCAGGAGAAGGCCAUGAGCAUCCAGGAGCAGAUUGGCUACCCCAACUACAUACUCGAGGAGAACAACAGGCGCCUGGACCAGGAGUAUUCCAGCCUGAACUUCUCAGAGGACCUGUACUUCGAGAACACACUGCAGAAUCUCAAGGCCAGCGCCCACAGGAGCCUCAGGAAGCUUCAGGAAAAAGUGGACCAGAAUCUCUGGAUCAUUGGGGCCGCAGUGGUCAACAUGUUCUACUCCCCAAACCGAAACCAGAUCGUAUUCCCUGCUGGGAUCCUCCAACCACCCUUUUUCAGCAAGGAGCAGCCACAAGCCUUGAACUUUGGGGGCAUCGGGAUGGUGAUUGGCCAUGAGAUCAUGCAUGGCUUUGAUGACAAUGGCCGGAACUUCGACAAGAAUGGCAACAUGCUAGACUGGUGGAGUAACUUCUCUGCCCAGCACUUCCAGGAGCAGUCGAAGUGCAUGGUCCAACAGUACGGCAACUAUAGCUGGGACCUGGCUGAGAACCAGAACGUGAAUGGAUUCAGCACCCUUGGGGAAAACAUCGCAGAUAACGGAGGGGUGCGCCAGGCAUACAAGGCCUACCUAAAGUGGAUGGCAGAAGGUGGCAAGGACCAGCUGCUGCCUGGGCUGAAGCUCACCUACAAACAGCUUUUCUUUGUCAACUACGCUCAGGUGUGGUGUGGGUCCUACCGGCCCGAGUUCGCCAUCCAGUCCAUCAAGACUGAUGUCCACAGCCCCCUGAAGUACAGGGUGCUAGGCUCCCUACAGAACCUGCCUGCCUUCGCCGAUGCAUUCCACUGCCCCCAGGGCACGCCCAUGCACCCCAAGAAGCGAUGCCGCAUCUGGUAGCCAAGGCCGAGCUGC